UUGAGAUAUGCUGCCACUUGUCCAUCGUGGUCACUCAGGGACAGGUUUCUGCAUGAUACAUAAACAUAGGUCAUGGAAAGUGACAAGUGCUCAAUUAUUGGCGUGAAAGAUCUUAGAGAGAAACUCAGAGAAAGUUCAAGAAAGACUGUAAUAAGAGAGAGGCGGCGUGAUAGCAGCAGCAGUGAUGGUACCUCGUCAGAACACGAGUUGUCCAGGAGCCGCACCAAGGAUGGCCUAAAGCACGGCCUAGGUCGUCUAAGUUAUGGCCAAGGCUAUUCCGAUACGGACAGUGAUGACGAUAGAAUUUCUGAAAGAAGGCAAAUUUUAUCUGGAAUUCAGCAACAUCGGUUUUUUAAGAAGCAAGAAAUUGCUGUUAUAGAGGAUAAAAUCAAUGAAAUUGUUGAAAAAGCAAAUAGAGGACAUUUCAAAACACGCACUGUAGACCGGGCACCUCUGCGCGUCAAGUACUUUUUCGGUGAAGGAUAUACAUAUGGAAAACAAAUGGAGGAGCGAGGCCCUGGUCAAGAAAAGCUCUUUCCGAAAGGAGAAAUUGAUGAUAUACCAAUCUGGAUUCAAAAGCUCGUUAUAAGACCGUUGGUAAAAGCAGGGAUUGUUGAGAAGGACUUCGUUGAUAGUGUUGUCAUAAAUGAUUAUCAACCCGGAGGCUGUAUUGUCUCGCAUGUCGACCCUCUGCAUAUUUUUGAACGGCCAAUCAUCUCUGUUUCCUUCUUCAGCAGCGGUGUCUUGUCAUUUGGUUGCAAAUUCUCAUUCAAUCCCAUUCGUACUUCAAAGCCAAUUGCUUCUGCACCUCUGGAUAUCGGUUGUGUCACACUGCUAAGUGGAUAUGCAGCAGACAAUGUGACACACUGUAUCAGGCCACAAGAUACAGUAAGCAGAAGAGCUGUCAUCAUUUUACGAAGAGUGAAAAGGGAUGCUCCAAGGCUAACAUACACUCCAGAACUGCAGAAAGGCAAAAGGCAGCGCUUUGUACAAAAAGAAAACAGAGAGUCUAAGCCAAAAAAAAGAAGUAAAAUGCCAUACUUUGAACACGAUGACAGGGGUGAGAGUAGUGAGGAAGAAUUUAAACCAAAAAGAAGUCGCAGAUCAAGGAGUUAAAAAGCCCAGAUGAAUCAAAAAAUUAUGUCAAACUGUUUGUUGUGAAGUAUCAUUCAAAAUGGUUUCGAGUGGUUAAAUUUUCUAAUUAGUAUAUCAUUCUGUAUAUACCAAUCACAGUGUUUAAAAAUCUGUUCAGAAUUCUAUAAUACUUGUUUUUUUCAAUUCAGUUUAGUGUUCAUAUUUCUGUAUAUGGAGGAAUUUGAUUACCUCCCUUAUUCUUAGAGAAUUUGAAAUUGGGAAAUUGUUGUUAGAGCAUCAAAUCAUCCCAGUGUUACUGCAACAACACACAUUAAACUAGUAAAGGUCCCACACUAUCACAUACACAGAAAGCUUUGAAUUUGAAACCAGAAACUCUAGGCAGGAGAUUUAUUUGAAGCUAAGAAAAUUAGAAAAACCAUUACAAUAAAGUUUUGAAGUAUUUAAGGAGAUAACAGAAAUCUUUCCCUUUGAUGUUCCUUUUAUUACAACAAAUUUUUGAAAAGUUUUCAAGCAGCUCAAACAAUCUCUGCAUUCUUAUAUUCCUUCCAGGUUACAAAAAUUAAACCCCCUUAAUUUUUAACAUGAAGGAGAGCAUGUUAAAAGCAUGUUAACUUUGAAAUAAAUCUCCAAAAUGUUAAUCAAGAGCCUAUGAACCAAAUCGGUUUAGAAUGUUAUUUUAAAGCAGAUUAGGCGAUAAGCAUAUCUGUGAACAUGUUUCAACUUAAGUAGUUUCAUUGUGACUGUAUAUGGGUUUUUAGUUGAUAUCAAAUUGUUUUCAUUGACAAUUAUACAGUGCUACUUAAUAUUAUGAGAACUCUUUCAAAAAAUAGUCUCCUGCCUUUUCCUUGAGACAGAAACAUAAAGCUUUAAAUCAGUGAUGAGCAACCACCCAUCUGUGGCCCUUGGAAUUUUCACAGGAACUUCCUGAAGUUUUCUCAAAGAUAAAGUUUUAAAUAAGAAACUACACAUUUAACCAAACAAUGAGCUAAUAGUAGCAGCUCUGUGCCUUUCUACCAUGGACAGAUGCAGCACUAGAGGGCAUACUAAUGCUGAAUCUUUCGAACAGUUUUUCAAGACUUCAUUGCUUAGAAAAAGAAAGAUGUGUUGACAGCACUUCCAACCUAAAAUUUCUAAUCCAAAGCCGAUUUUCUUCCUAACUGUGAUAUCUUAGAUAUGCAGGUUCUAAUAACUUUUAUUGAAAGACAGUCAAGAAAAGUUCAUCUAUCGCUAGCACAGGAUAGAGCAAUACAAGCCCUAAGUAAUACACAAAAUUUAUAGAUCAUUUUUAACAUACUUCAUUGAAAAAUGAGAAAUACACAUAUAACAUUCAAAAGUUCUUCAUAACCAUCAUGCACACUUGGUUGACAUCUGCACUUGGGAGACAAUUACUCCAUACUUUCAAUGAUAUUUUCUGUGUCUUGCAUGUUCUGUAAGAAAAUAAAAUUUUAAUCACCAACAGCUAAUACAAUGGUUAGGAUGAAACAAUUGUUGUGCUCCUCAGACACAAGCAAGUUUUGGAUCAGGGACAUUUUGCAAUGCUGUUGAGUAUGGCAGUUAACAGAUAGCAAAAGCAUCAAAACAAAUUUGCCAACAAUUGACAAAAUUAAUCAACAAAAAUGUUAAAAUCUGUGUUUAAACUGACCAUUUAGCAAAUUUUGCUUGUGCUUUUAAGCCUUAAAUUGAGGUAAUGUGGAGCCAAAGGCCCUUUAAUUUCACAUAAAAUGUCACUGUUUCAUUACGAAUGUCGAGGAACAAAGAAGGACGCCAUACUUUUUAUCCAGACAAAAAGUAGUAUGUAGAAAAUAAUGCGAACAGUUUCUCACUGUUUAGCCCAACAUAUCAUCUAUGUUUAGUUCGCACCACGCUUUUUGUUUUUAAUGAGAGGAACAUUUUGAAUUGUUGUAAAUAAAUUUUUGUCAACAAGUCUCAGCGAAACUUGAAAUGACUAUGAAAAAGAACGUAAACCAUAGGACAUACUUUUCAAAUGUGGGUACUCUAUGUAAUAAUUCAACGCAAUGCAGAGACCAACUGCGUGCCAAAACGGAGUCAUUCGUGCGUUCUUGCAAUGAAUAUACUUCGCUUGAUAUCUAGUUACUGAUCUUGAAAUCGCAUCAACGGCAUUUGACAAAGAUCCAUUUUUGGCAAUAUAUGAGCCAAUGUUU